AUGCCUGUCAUCAACGUCACUCUCAAGGAAGGCGCCAGCGCUGAGCAGCUCGACAGUGCCAAGAAGCAGGUCAAGGACCAGGGCGGCAAGGUCACCCACGAGUUCAAGCUGAUCAAGGGCUUCACCGCCGAGUUCCCCGAAGACACCGUCCACAGCCUCGAGACGAACGACCACGUCACCGUCGAGGCCGACCAGGUCGUCAAGACCCAGUAG